CAGCGACUGUAGGAGGAUGGGUGAGGCGCCGAAGGUGCAGGUGGACGGCGGGGACCCACAGAGAAGGUAUCAAGUGACGCUCAUGGGCGGCGCUAGAGUGGGCAAGUCCACCAUCGUUUCACAGUUCCUUUACGAUAAGAUCCUGACCAGUUACAAACCGACGGUGGAGGAGCUACAUCGAGGAGAGUAUGAAGUCGAGGGCGAGACUCUGAUCCUUGACCUAUUGGACACAUCCGGCUCCCACCAGUUUCCGGCCAUGAGGGAGUUGGCUAUUAGGCAGUCAGACGCCUUCCUCCUCGUUUACAACAUCGACAAUGCCGCCUCCUGGGAAAUCCUGCCCACCCUCAGAGAAGAGAUCGUGAGGUUAAGGAGUCCCUCAGUACCAAUAGUGGUAGUGGGCAACAAGAGUGACCUGGAGAACCGGCGAGCGGUGACCAGGGCGACGGCUCAGGCACGAGUGGAGUUGGACUGGAACCACGGCUACACGGAGAGCUGCGCCCUCCAGCCUGACUCCGUGCUUGCCCUCUUCAAGAAGGUUCUCCAUCAGGGUCAGGUCCGCUACAAACUGAGUCCGGCCGUAGAGAGAAGGAGGAAAUCACUCCCUACUUACACACAAAAACAAAAACAGGAGAAAUUUUUCUUCAAGAGACACUCGUGUAACGUGUCUUAGACGUGUCCUAAACGUGUUCGAAAUGUAGACGUCUCCACCAGUUGUCUACCAUUUUGUUCAAGAGGUUUUCCAGUGAUGUGUUCAAGUCGUUGUUUUAAGCCUGUCUCAAUCUAUUCGCUAUUUCCCCGGUUUCAAGAGGAUCUCCUUCAACGUGUUAUGAAAGUGUUCAGAACUUGUCUCAAACGUAAUAUCUGCCUCCUCUAGCUUCCGACUCUACUUGAAAAAACAAAAAGUAAACAGGACGUGUUCUUGUUUUAGGUGAAAAGAAAACAAUUAACGUACCAGUGUCCUUCUGUGCGUUACUUACGAGAAUGAUGGUGAUUAAUGAUUACUGUAUAUAGUUAUUAAUAAACAUAAUCAAAAUACUAAUCACUAUACUCAUUACAAGCAUUGUGAGUUUGUGGGUCAUCGUGACUUUUAUGUGUGUAAACAUUAUUAAACAUAAUCAAAAUAGUUAACACUCCACAUAUUGAACAUAUUACAGAUAAAAUGCAUAAUUAUAUAAUUUUAUAAAUACUUUAAUUAUCAUAUGUUGCAAAUGUAAAUAAUAUCAAUGAAAUCAAAAUUGUAAAUAUUUUCUAAAUCCUAAACAUCACAAACAUUACCGCUCUAAGUACUAUAGCUUUUUAUAAACAUUGUCAAUAUAUAAAUGUUGGGAGCAUUUCAGACAUUAAACACUUAAUCCUAUUAAACACUACAAACAGUCAACAUUACCAUAGUAUGUUAACGCUACAAACAUCAUGCCUGAGUAUCAUGUAUAAACAUUAUACAAGUUAUGUAUCACUUGUGACCAGGGCUCACCACUUGUACAGUCUCCAAAAAAAUUAUCGUAAUUCGAGGCUUUCCGAGCAAUGUUACUCGACCUGUUUCUGAACGGUUGGUAGUUCUACAUCUGCGACGUUUUAGCAUGAAUUAGUAUAUAUAAUGCUUUCGAAUGAUAUGAAUCCUCCGAGGCUUCAAAUCAUAUAUAUAUUUACAAUGGAGCGAGGAAAUAUCGGGGAGUCAUAGCAAGAAGUGAGAGGUGUUAUUAUUGACCGUCACAGCGAGGGUAUACUUAAGGCAGCACGAAGGACUAGGGUGAGCGAACUCACGGUAUCACGAUGGGUUAGGCGCCAUGAUACAACUGGUGACACACUGAUACUUAUAACCACAAAUGUUUUACAAUAAGUGGACGGGGAGGGGGGGGGGGGUCUGUUCCUGUAAGACCAUUGAUUUGAAACCCUAUUUUGAUGUAGACCGAUAAACUGUAUACUGCUGUAGCUGUUCACUCUAAUAUCAAGUACUAUUUGCUUAGUCACUUCAUAAAUCCGAUAUAUCGUGAACAACUUUAGUAAGCAUAUUGAGAAUGUUCUGAAACAUUUCCAUUUAAUUUAAUUUCAGUGUUACUAUAAUCAGUCAGUGGCCUGUUUACAUAUGCCUUGCUUCUACCCAUUACGAUACAUACAAUAAUAUAGCUUAAUGGGUUUCUUGUUGCUGAUAUGGGUAGUAGCCGUACCAAACUAGGAUGGUAGCAAAGCAUUACGUCUCGCGUUUCAAAUUGUAGCGACGGAAAAUCAAACGAUACUUUUUUUUUGAGGACUGUGCAGUGUGUUCAUGUACCAACGGAUUCCAUGUAUAAAGUAUUCGAUCACCGGUUCAUUAUACAGUGACCCCUCGUUUAACGAACGCCUCGGUUAACGAAAUUUCGGUUAACGAACUGCCUUCCAUAAGGAUCUUCAA